AUGACCGUGCAGCGCCCGUCGUGGCCGCCGCUGUACUUCCCGCACUUCCACGGCACCGAGCCGGUGCCGCGGCCGGCCGGCGGCGCCUGGGCCCCGCUGGCCGCGCUGUGCUGGCCGUGGCAGCCGCUGCCGGCCGCGGCCGGGCCGCCGCGCUAUGCCGCGCUGCCCGCUCCCGUGGUGCCGGAGCCGCCGCGCCUCUGCUGCCCGCCGGGAGCGCCGCGGGCCGGGGACGCGGCGCGGCGACCCCCGGAGCUGGCGCAGCUGCAGCUGCAGGAGGAGAUGUGCGAGCUGGGCAUCCGCCUUAAGGAGCUGGAGCUGGCGGCGCUCAUCGGCGACGGCUUCGACGCCAGGCAGUAUAAAAUCCUGAAGGCACUGGAAGAAAAGAAGAUACAAAGCAUGAAAGCAAUGCAGAACCUGAAGUAA